CCUGUGUGGGUGCGCUUUUCUGCCAAUGUCAGGAUUUAGUCGCAGUCGUCCGUGAUCAGCAGCUCUCUCAUUGGCGUGUAUAUUAUAUUCCUCUGCUAUUCCUGCUUCAUCACGUCCUCGUCAAAGUGGACAGGAUAGUAGACUUAGAGGAAGAGUGGUGGCCAGGGACGUGGACACCCCUUCAGUCCUUCUCCAUGGGACUCCGAAAGGAUUUCUGCCCCUCCAACUCUUUCUAACCUUCGGCAGCCAAAAUUGUCCUGCUCCAAAAAUCUUCGGAUGCACGUCGCGGUCCAUCUUUCUUCAGCUGGUCGAGGUUGUCGCCCAAUCAGUCUCCGAAGAAAGACCCGCUCGUCAUCUCCGAAGAAGAUAAAGCAACUUACAUCUCAACCAACAUCUGAGGAGCAGUGAACGUCGGUCAUCGUUAAAAACGUCACCACCAUUACGAUGCCUUGGACCGCAACUAAUUAAACCACCAACCACGACCUAAUCUUCUAACAAACGGCUACAACAACUUCUCCUCGUCGAUCAUCAUCCACUACACAUUGAACAUACUAUUGAAACGAAAUUAGAAGCUAAGAAUAAUAACCUUGAACCUCCCCCAUCCAUCACCACAGAUUUUAAACGGCAUACAUAGAUACAGAACGACGCUAUAGGGGAGAGUAACAUUCAACGAUCAACUUACACCCACCGUAUUAAUUUAAUUAUAAUAAUAAUUAAUUAAUUAGCUAGGUUAUAUCUCUACAUACAGCAUUACUUCCAUCCGUGGUUGGAAGUGAAACGGGUUACAAAAUCAGAUAGGUAAACAAAGAAGUAAGAAUAUUAAUAAUUAGCUUUUAUUUAAGUCCUUUAGUUGCAAGCUAACAAGAAGUUCCGUAAUAUUUCAUGGAACACAAAUUACAAGAAACGGACAACUUUAUUAACUUUCAACGUUCCGGCUUCUUGUCCCGUUUCAGCCCUUUUGUUGCUUACGCCAUUUUUCGCAAACGUUACUUGUUCAAGAUCAUCCAUUGUUGAGUUAUUAUUAUCAUUAUUAUUAUAAUUUCUUGCUCCUGUCAUUAUUUCGGUCCGACUUUUGAGUUUUUGUUCAGAAACAACCCAAAUUGGUCAAAGUAUUGGAACCCUUUUCCGUAUCAUUCGUUCAGUUUGUCCAGUCGAGUAUAUAGUUCAGAGACAAGGGGAGUUAAUUAAUUGGUUUAAACUUUCCAGGAUAUAUAAUAAGCACACAUACAAAAAAAAGUUAGUUUCCUUCUUUGAUCCUUUCCUGUCCAAAUACCUUUCAACCUUUUUUAGGUACUAGGUUACAUUGGGUAGGAUUAGUAGGAAACGAACGAACUAUUUAAGUACUCAUUCACAUACAUACACUCGAACGUGGAAUUAAACCUUCUGAACUAACUAAUGUACCCAAACUGGAAAAGGUUCUUUUCUCAUCAAUAUCUGGGUCCCUCGACGGAAGCUGUGAAUAUAUAUGUAUGAAAGGAUGAGAGUGGAAUCCUGUGGUCCCCUUUUUGCGCAAUCCGCAGACACGAACAUCAAUUUGGGAGACAUAUUCUUUUCUUCCAAUCAUCGCCUCUCCGAACCUAUUGCUAUUAUCAAUCCAAAGAAAAAUUUGCUGGUAGGAGAGAACGAGGAAGAAGAAGAUUUAUUAAAACUUGACAACUUGAGAGUGACGUCGACGAACCGACUCCAUCCAAUUGAACAUCCACUUCCUCCAGUUGGCUUUUUCCUUACUGACGAAGAAUGGUCACUGAUCGACAAACAACCUGAUUUAGAAUCUGGAGAGGCAGAGAAAAUGAGUGACCACCUUCCCAUGAAACCCUAUUCUCCGCUGUCAGAUACCUGUGCAAAUUUUAAUAAUCUGGGCAAACAACAAUUACUGAUGCCGAACUGCUACAAUAACCCUCAACCUUUUGGAUCUCCUUCGUCAACAGUGACGACCAAUGAGGACGAUGAUUCCAACAAUAACAACGUCAUUCUCCCAAAGUCGUCCUCGUCGUCGUCAUUUUCUCAGUUAGAAGGCCCCGAACUAUGUACCAAUACUAACUAUGUACAGGAUGAUGAUGUGCAAGAGUGUAAAGAAUAUGAUCCAAUCUUUGUGCGUCCAUUAUCUCCUGACGAAUACGAUGACACCAUGCCCUUCAAUCCCAAUCCUACUUCUGUGCAGUGCUCCUCAUUCUUUCCUUCUUACAACACUAGUACACUCGCCGAAGAGGAUGAGCAGUACAAUCAAAAUUUCGAAAUUUCAUGGAACAUUGGCGGUUCCUCCGUCGCAAUUGGAGAAGUGUAUGUUAUCGAGUCACACUACCCACCCAUUUCUUCCGUUUCCACUGAACAUGGUCACACUCAUGUGCAACAGAGUCCUCAUUCGUGCCACCAUCCAAACUGUGAACAGCAACAAGAAUUCUUUGUACCAAGUGACAAUUUGUUGAAUGACGGAGAAUGUACCCAUGAUUACUUUGAAGAUUGGCAGUCUCAAUCCAUUUUCUUGUCGACGGAAGUUGACAAGGCCAAGUUGAAAUGGAACCAGAACCAGAAUGGGGGUAACAGUAAGCCCCCUGCUUUUGGGGGAAACCAAUGCAGCGAAUCAUUUCAACAACAACAUCAUCAUCAGGCAUCCAUAGGUGGACGGAAAGACGAAAUGAGUUCAUUCUUGUCAAAGUUCGACGACAAAGUUGCUGCUAUUUGGGGAGGUGGUGGUCACAUUGAGGCCCAAGCUUUCCCUUCUUACGCCACCGGAGGAUACAACAUAUCCGCCGAGUGUAAACCAGUUAGUUGUAAUAAUAACGUGUACCCAUGGGCCAGCCCUUCCGUCACAGCAGAGGAGCAGAUUGGCUCACAUUAUUACGACAUUCAAAAUCAGAUCGACCAGCAAGAACGUCAGCUAGCAACGCUAAACAACUUUGGCGAUGAUGAUAAUGACGAUGACGAUGGCAGCUCUUCAUUUCAAGGAUAUGACCCACAACAGCAAAUGUUGAGCUUCUCAUAUCACGACGCUUCUAUCCAUAAACCCAUAUGUUUUACUCACCCCUUUGACCUUGUAGUCGACCCAGACGGGAUAAUCUAUCCCAACGGAAGAAACUCGGUUAUUGACUCGAUGAUAAAACAUUUUGGAUUUCCACCACAGCCACCGACUGCAACAGAAGAAGAUUCUAACACUAUUCACUCCCACGAAAUAGUUGACGACGAUCCCGAAUCAUCUUCUUAUUGUGGUGCUGCUGCUGCCGCUGAAGAAAACGACACUAGUUUGAGACAACUGAAUCAUUCAGAGUUUUCUGGUUUCAAACCGUAUAUACCAGGAGUAAAUGGAAAGUCUUCGUCAGUUCCAGGGUUGAAUGGUAGUGGUGGCCCCGUCGUGAAAGAUCCUGCAGACGCGGCAGAGAUUAGCGCCGUGCAGGAAUUUUUUGGCAGUUUGGAUUUGGAGGGUGGCGACAAUGUGGGGGAUUUUGACCUGGAAGUUCACGAAUUGCUCAAAGCGAAACCCAAAACAUUUUAUGAGCAACACUUUCCCCCGGCCAACUUACUCUACAGCUGGACCACGCACUUCACACCGAUUGAUGUCAUCGAGCAAAUUAGUAACUACAAGUAUUCUUCCCCUCCUGGCAUCCUUCCUCCUGGUCAUGAAAAUAACCCUAACCUUCCGGAGUAUUACACGCUGUUUGCUGGAGCUGAGAAGGAAUACAACCUCUUUCAUCGCCCUGCAAAGACAUUGUUCCCCAUUCGGUUUAAACUCUGUCCUCAACCAGAGAAGGCUGUUCAAACCGAAUCUAAGGACUUGCUACCUUCAGGAAAUGAAGAUACCACUACCAUCCAACAACACGAAUCACACCGACCUCUCACCGGUUUUGAUUGGGGAAGUUACGGCUACAAUGAAGAUCUCCUAAGUAUUUCUAGUGGAUCCCGAACCCCCUUUGAAUUUAAGCCCAACAGCACAUUUCUCGAUACUGAAAAUAACAACAACAACGAUGUAGUUCAAGCAACGGAUUGGUUCCUGGACGAUUCCAAUUAUGGUAACAAAUUUAAUAAUGGCUACAAUGGAUAUGCAGUUGGAUUUCAACCUGCCACUCAAUCUACAUUCGAUCAAUCUGAUUAUUGCUGCGAUUCAGGGAUUGGAAUUGAUGCUUCUUCUAGAGCUGGAUUUUAUGAAGACGUUUAUUCCGGCGAAUAUGGCGAAGGGGAAUAUGAUUUUUGUAGUGGGGGUGAUGGUGCUGUCGGGUUUAAUGAAGGGGCAGGUGCAGGAGUCGUUUUACAACCGUAUUCUACUAUGAAUAAUGAUGUUGAUUAUGGGCAAUUUCAAACAUUCUCAUACAACACGUGGAGCACGUCGACUACUUCUGGAAAGGCUGGAAAGAGUAGUCGCCGACGAACAAAGGGGAAACCGUGUAAAUACUUUUUGGUGGACGGCUCAUGCAAGCGAGGAUUAAAUUGUAAAUUUUCCCAUGACUUGACGACAUGUCGUUACUGGGCGGAAGGAUCGUGUCACAAGGGUGAUGCAUGUCCUUACAUGCAUUGUUUCUUUGAGAGGAACAACUUUAACUACCAAGACGAGAAACGCAGGCAGGAGAACCGAUAUCAUUUACAAUCGGAAAAUGAUUUUCCUGCUCUGGACGGAUCAUUUGGAUGUAGUACGUUGUCUAGUCGUGAACAAACGUCAAUUAUUAAUAAUCCACAACAACAAGCGGACUCUGGCAGUUCCGCAGUGGAAUGCCACCUCAUGCUGGCUGAUCCUGCUGGCUCAAUGUAUGAUAACUUUGGAUAUGGUUUACCACCCUCAGCCGCCGAAAGUCACGGAUUUUUUAUGCCGAUGGAACAACCACAACAACAACGGGUCGUCAAAAAGGUACCUCCCCCUCCAGGAAAGAACGAAUUGAAAAGGAGUGGAAGUAAUAAUCAUAAUCAUGGCCGACAAAUCGGAAAACUUCAGACGGAACAGCAAGGCAGCAGCAGCAGCAGCAGCAGUUACAAUUGGCCCAGCAACAGACACGGAAAUAAUAAAGGAAGCAACAAUUCAAAUAAUAAUAACUGGAUUUCAUCUAUGAUAAGUGUGAAAGAGAAGAGAAAGAAGAAAAAGCAACAAAAACAAGAAAGUAUGGUUUGAACGGAAUUCUUUGCCCAUUUUUAGGAAGAAGAAAAAGAUUUAGGUUUUUGGCUAAUAAUGUUAUGUUUCAAUGUAUGUAUGUGUGUGUCCGUAGUAGCAAAGUUAAAUAGGGACUUAAAGUGGUGUUUCAACUAAGAAAAGAUGCAAGUUGAUAUUUCAAGUAUUCCUUAUUGGAAUUAUUGGUAGAUAAGAUGAUGAAUUGGACUGGUAAACCUGAUGUAUGUAACGUACAUAAGAAUACUAUUGUUCUUUUUGAAAUGGAUGUUAGUUUUGCGAAAGGGAUUCUUAUCGUUAAGGCCACACUUCAACUGUCGGUAAAAAAAAGGAUUACUAUCCAAAUUGUUACCCAUUUCUGACAGAAAAAUCUUUCCAAAUGAAUUACAUUAAUUGGCUGGCCACCAAUACAAAAUUGUAAAGUAAAGUUUAUUCAUUUAUCCAUUCGUCCCUUUAAAUGUUCUAAUAUUUAGACACCAAUAUUUGGCGAAAAUAGAUUGGCAAAAAAUUUCAGAGAAAAUGGUUAUAUUAUUAAUACCCUUAAUUUAGGUCACUUAAAAAAUACAGAAUCAGAAGGAAAAAACAUUAAACAGGAAACUAAAAGUAUCUGAUGUUAAACAGUGAGUAAGUUGUGUACACAGUACUAUAUUAUAUUAAUAAGUGCAGUGAAGUUACUUUCCUAUUAAUCUCGCGUGAUUUUAUGAAAGUUUAAAGAAUAUAUCCGUAUAAUUGGCUACUAAUUGUUCUCACGGAGUGAGAGCCUCAUUUUUAAAUUUGAAACUAAUUCGGCCAUUAAAAACUAACUUCAAUAGCCUUAGUCAUUUGUUAUUCUAUUAAUAUGUAAACUCAUGAAAAGAAAACUCAAAUUAUUACCCUUUGUUGAUUCGAUUUUGUAUUCGGUUGUAAAAUUGAAUUGUUUAAAGAGAUGAUAAAUUUGUAAUUUUUGUGGUAUCGUUACACACAUUCAAUUGUCAAGUGUAAUGAGAGAAGAAUUUUUAAGAAACGCGGAAACCUCUCAAAUGUGUGGUAUAUGGGUCAUCCCAUCAAUGAAACAUUCGUAAAUUGGUUUAAAAAAAUAUUAAUUAUGUGCAGAAGUAUGAUGGGAUCGUCUAUUGAAGUCGAUGGACGGAAACAAUAAACAUGCUGACGACAAAAUAAGUCGACCUGCUAAUGUGUGAUCAACCACGAAAAAGUAAAUAUGAGAAGAAUGAAUAAAUAAUUGGAUCGACAUGAAGAAUCUGACAGCAAGACUUGAGUCAUUAUUAACGACAAACACAAGAACAGACAAAAAUAUAUAACUGUUUAAUGAAUGUCAGAAUGAAAUGUCAGAAAGGAAUUGAAAAUAAAAACAAAAAAUGUCAGUCUUGCAAAAAAAA